AUGAUCCUUAUACUGCUGCUUUGGAUCCAGUUUUGGACUCUAGUUUUAAGUUUGCCACGCUGCGACCCACGGGUGCGAGGGCAUUGCAGGCCCAUCAUAGUCGAUGACAAACCCAAAUGCACUGAUGUGUUGUUGUCCUACUGCGACGACAUGUCCUACACCCAAACCAUGUUCCCCAACCUCCUGGGACACAAGACUCGGCACGAAGUAGAGUCUGGAGCCGAGUACCUUCUCAUGAGCGUUGUGGAGGCUCUGCUGGGGGGGGAGUGUAACCCGGACAUUCGGAUGCUGGGGUGCUCUGUGGUGGCCCCCCGCUGUGAGGCUGGCCGAGUGGAGAAACCCUGCCGGUCCACGUGUGAGGCCGUGCUCAGGCGCUGCAGUCACGCUUUCGAUGACAUCAGCAUGGCCUGGCCCUACUUCCUUGACUGUGACCGCUUCUUUGUCAGCGAUGAAGAGGGCUGCUACAAUCCACUGGAAGGACUGAGAGGUAAAUGUUUCCCACAGUAA